UUGGGGCGGCGGCCGCCCUCGUAUAAAGAGUGUCAGCGUCGCGCCGCUGGCUUCAUUCGGACCGUUAGUACACCCGACGACGCGACACGAUCAACGCAUAAGGACCUCGAGGCUUUCCACGAGCACGGUGGUAUCGCGCGACACAUGUGCACGCUGCUGUUCGCGUAAGCUCGCAUUCUAACGCGAUGGUCCUUUGAACGAGGCAUAGGCUACGCUCGAAAACACGUUCGUUCCCGACGAUCGCUUAGCAUUUUCAUGAAGGUUUCAAGAUUGGAGCACCGAGUGAACCCUGAUAUGUCAAUUCCUAUGUCUACCAUAAGCAAUGGAAACGGAUCCACGAUACAGAUUAACUCGCGGCCGGACGACAUACAGAACCGCGUCAUCGGGGCGGACGAUAGACAGGAACCGGAUACCCCGAAUAACUGCAGGAAUAUCCUAGUGGCACUAUCCUGGAUGGUCGUAAUCUUAACGAUGCCGUUUUCCCUCUUCAUCUGCUUCAAGGUGGUGCAAGAGUACGAAAGAGCGGUGAUAUUCCGUUUGGGAAGGCUCUUGACCGGCGGUGCCAAAGGACCUGGAAUCUUCUUCAUUCUGCCGUGCGUCGACAAUUACGCUCGCGUCGAUCUACGGACGCGCACCUACGACGUGCCCCCGCAAGAGGUCUUGACGAAAGACAGCGUGACGGUGUCGGUGGACGCGGUGGUGUACUAUCGAGUGAACAACGCGACGAUCUCGAUCGCGAACGUCGAGAAUGCUCAUCACAGCACGAGGCUGCUGGCCCAGACAAUGCUUCGGAACACCAUGGGCACCAGACCGCUUCACGAGAUCCUCAGCGAGCGCGAAACCAUCUCAGGGAACAUGCAGGUAUCACUGGACGAGGCUACCGACACUUGGGGAAUCAAAGUAGAGCGCGUGGAAAUCAAGGACGUCAGGCUACCCGUUCAGCUCCAAAGAGCCAUGGCCGCGGAAGCUGAAGCCGCUCGAGAGGCUCGCGCCAAGGUGAUCGCAGCAGAGGGUGAACAAAAGGCUAGUCGCGCGUUGAGGGAGGCAUCCGAGGUGAUCGGAGACUCUCCUGCCGCGCUGCAGCUUCGCUACCUGCAGACUCUGAACACCAUCUCGGCGGAGAAAAAUUCGACGAUCGUGUUCCCGCUGCCUAUCGACCUGUUGACUUACUUCAUGAAAGCGACCGCCCUCAAAGAGAACCAGAUGUAAUCGCGAGUCGCCGACCGCGUUCCUUCGACGCGCUUCGCGAAACCGCGAGCUCGCGAAGUGACCCGUGCCCGAGGAAAUUCGGUCCCCGUCUCGGUCGUCUCGUCGACGAAGCGAAGAGAUUUUCUUUCCGCGAGCUGUCUAUAAAAUUGAUCGAUCUCGACGCACGUGCAGGCUAUAAAAGUUUCACUCGCGAUUCUAUGGACAUGCUCGCAUACGAUACAGUAUUAAAUAAUGUCAGUUUGUGACUACAGUUUACAGCAAACUUUCGCACCGUGAUCGCACACUAGCAGACUAUCGACCAAUUUUUCAGAACACCGUAUGCUAUUCGAACUUUCUUCGGUGUCUUUUUUUACAAGUUAUUUAACUUUCGACUACUCGCAAUCUUGUAAGAUACAACGGCGAUUCGAGGGAUACGUUUUUAGUUAGAGUGGGAGGGAAACAAGACACUGCGAUUCACUGUGUCAGGCACAACGAUGCUUAACAAUCUGUUGCUCAACGCGGCGUUAAAAACUUGUCUCGACCGUACCGCACACUCGGUAAUCUUUGUUUUACUUGUUCAAAUUGUACGCGUUGUUCGCUGAUCGUUCGACUACGCGUGCUAAAUAUUUUACGGCGGCAUUCCACCGGCUGAUUCGAGACGAACGAUAAAUUACGAUCUCGUUGUCGUCGACGAUUAAGAUUAAGUCUUCGUCUUUCGUACGAUACGUUACUGUCCGAGCUCUUCCCGACUUGACUUAUACUGUUAUCGAAACCGUUGCGACGAAAUCGUCGUUACUGUUUUUCUUCUAAAAUCGGUCCGCAGAAUUUAAACUCCUCUCGAAAAUAUUCGACACGUGAAAUCGAACGUCCGGUCAACGCGCUGUAAUUGAGAUUCCUUGGAAUUUAUUUUCGUUACAUUUCGUUUGAUGUUCACGAGCACGAGCACGAGCGUGGAGCACUUUAUUAUAUGCUCGAUCGUAGUCUACUUUGUUCGCUGCGACGCGCAACAAUAAGAGAACCGCGUUUCGGUAUCAACGCGAUCGAACAUUUUAAUCGACCAAUUGAAACGUACGGUACUACUUCUUGGUACUCCUCGAGCAUACUUUCCGGUAAUUUGACCGAAAUGUUCGAUCGAGCCGGCGAAACAAGACUUAUCUUAAGCUCUUAGGUACGGCAUAAAUCUUCAUUUUCUAUUUCUAUGCCGGUACGCCGUACCGGUGCCGAGCUUGAGAUGUUAAAACGAUGGAUAUUAAAUAAUGUACAAAAUCAUCUUCUUGUCGUCGCAACCUCAUCGACGGACUGCUAAUUUGACUGCAAAUUUCUUAUUCGCCACGAGCAAUUAAGUGGAGAAACCUCGAGAACCUAGAGCCUGCUUCAGAUUUAACGGCGACGUGUCUUCAAACAUGUAUCUCCGAACGUUCAGGAACGUAUGUAUCACUUCCACUUGUCUAUGCGUGUAAAUUGUGAUCCUUUGCGAACGAGCGGUGGAAGUGUGUAGAUUCUAUCGAUUGUUACACACUGUAUCGCGAUCCUUCUAACGAUAAAUGAACUAAACCUACCUCUGUGUUACUACAUGCUUCGAUCUCUACUUGUGAUACUAUGUUAUGUUAAUAUAGAAUAAAUUUUACAUCGCUCUGGUGACGUUCGCGUUCUACCGCGGACAAAUAAAGUACGAAUACGUUUGAAAAACUA